AUGGGUAACCCCUUGGGGUCACACUCAGGGAUACAUAAGAUGGGUUGUGUAUAUUUUUCAGUUCCUGUCUUACUUCCUGAAUAUUUAUCAUCAUUAGAGAAUAUUUUUGUAGCAUAUUUAUUUCAUUCAGAUGAUAGAGGAACUCAUAAAAUAAAUAAUUAUAAAAUGUAUAGAGCUCUUAUUGAUGAAUCAAUUGAUUUACAGACAAAUGGAAUUUCAAUUUGUGUAAAUUCUGAAAUCCAUCAUAUUUAUUUUGCUCUAGGUUUAGUCCUAGGCGAAAACUUAGGGCUUAAUUCCAUUUUAGGGUUUGUUGAAAGCUUUUCUUCAAAUUUCUAUUGCCGCAUUUGUCGAUCUCCUAAAUCUGAACUCCAAAAUAUGAUAAAUGAAUGCCCCGAAACGCUUAGAAAUGAAAUAAACUACGCUACUGAUAUUAAUACUAAUAAUUAUUCAUUAACAGGGUUAAAAGAACUAUGUAUUUUUAACGAGGUACCCAGCUAUCAUGUUACAAACAAUUCAGUAUGUGACUUCAUGCAUGAUUUAACAGAAGGAGUUGCCUGA